UGGAGCAUUUAAAAAAAUAAUUGCUUUAGCUUAUCAGGACGGUAUUCUAUUUCAACUACUAGUAGUCCUUCUUGAUCUUUUUGAUCGCUGCUGGACCGUUGUCGUCGCUCUGAACUCCGUUGUCGCCUGGUGAUGUCCCACACAGAGGCUCGCCAGAUCCACAGCGUUGCGUCGUAGGCGUGUGAUUUCUCUGUCCGUUGUCGCCGAUAUCAUGUACGCCGCUACCCUGGCUAGGCGCCUGCUCAAAACAGCACUGCACCGUGCGGUUCCGGUGCGAGCAGCACACUCGCCAACAUUUUCCAUUGCCACACAGUGGGAUGGCACGCCACUGCCUGCCAAGGAUCAUGUCAAGCUGUCCGUCUGCAGUCAGUCAGCCGCACCGCACUCCAUCGUGUUGAAGGUCGAGGCACCGUUUUACGACGACCCCGCACCACCCGCACCGUCUGGCUCGGCGUGCGAUCAGCUAUGGGACUAUGAAGUCGUGGAGGCUUUCUUUCUUGGGCCGGAAGAGAAGUACUUGGAAGUUGAGCUCUGCCCGCUUGGACAGCACUUGAUUCUGACCCUGGAAGGUGUUCGCUGCAUAAAGAAGCACAUGCUGCCUCUGGAGUUCACCGCCAACGUUGAUAAGUCCGGUGGCCGGUGGACUGGCGAGGCGCUCAUUCCGCUCGAGUACUUCCCGCCCAGUGUGACGCACUUCAACGCGUACGCCAUUCACGGAACGGGCGAUGACCGCGUCUACUCCAGCCUCUAUCCGGCUGCUGCCGGCCAGUUUGAACAGCCGGAUUUCCAUCGCUUGCAGUUUUUCAAGGAAGUGGAUUUCUCCGCCGUUUGUAAUCGGCCACUGCCCGCAGCGUCAGGAAGCUCGAAGUUUUGGUGAAGCCAGGUCGGCUGGCCCUGAUGCUGCCGGUUGAUCAACUUUGCGGCGACUCAUGGAAUGUUAGUGUGUGUGUGUUUGUGUGUGUGUGUGUUUGUGUGUGUGUGUGUGUGUGUGUGUGUGUGUGUGUGUGUGUGUGUGUGUGUGUGUGUGCAUGCGGGUGUGCAUAGUAGGGCAGUGCUGUGCCUGUAGCCCUUGCCAUUCUAUUGCAUCAUCGAACUCACUGGAUGCAUUUACAAGUGACUUGCGAUGCCUGGUUACUACUUCGAAGUAACUAAUGUCGCUGCAGGAAUGGAGCCUGUUGACACCGCUGAGUCCAUCCAUCUCACUCAACCCUGGCCGUCAAGUUGUCUGAGUUAGCACGGUGUCACCGCUGCUAGCAGAGCCAGGCCAUUGAACCAUGAAUGGGGGACAGAAUUACUAAAUGCUACACUGACUGUGAGAAUGAUACUAUCUCCUGUUUUUAGUGCCUAUUCUUAUAACGUGCUGUAGAGGAGGUCACAUGGCCGUGCCGUCGACCUCCUGCCAGUAUCAUUGACUGGCUCGCUUUCCAGAUCUGCAGGCAGUGAGGUUUUUUUUGCGUGACUUCAAUAUACUGUUGUUCCCAGCGUAGGAAUGGCUUGGAAUUAUUGCGGACUCUUCUUACGUGCUUUAUGAAAAACAAUUACUCAGUGUGCGCAUUUGUAAAUUAUAAUGCUGAGCGAUUAUCUCCUUGUUUUUUUUUGUUUUCGGUUUUUUUUAAUGAUAAAACCUCUUUUACAGGCAAACAAAACACAAUUUUGGUGGAGGAGUAUCUUUUUCUGAUUUAAUAGUAUAAAAAAGAAAUCUUGCCAUCGCAAUUUUCUGGCAAGAUCUUUUUUUCUUUUCUUAUGUUGCAAUUUGAACUCAGAGCAAAGAUUUUCUUUAUUCAGUAGGUAAUAGUGCUGCAUCUCUGUCUCUAUCUGUCUGUCUGUCUGUCUGUCUCCAAAUGGAAUUGCACACCAAAUGCUGGUCAUAGGUGAUGGAGUUAUUCUGAAAAUCAAUUGUACAGCUGUAUUAGGCAAGCUUGUGUUAAUUCAACGGUGUGCCCAUACACGAUUUUCUGCUGGCAUUCUCCCCUCUAUCAUUCACCAGUUUGUUCUACUUUU